AUGAACGUGAUUGGCCAAACACACGAUCCUUUUUUGACACUCGGGAUUCAGGUGGCGAAUGCGGAGUUCCUGCAGAAACCAUCAGACAGUGAGCAUGACUGGAGAGAAGGAUCAGAACAACACAAAUUCAUUGAGCAUUGCCUCGCAACAGUAGAUAGAAAACAACAACCAUGGUUAAUCUUUUCAGCACAUCGCCCCCUAGGUUACUCCUCUAAUGCUUGGUAUGCCGGGGAGGGCUCAUUUGAAGAGCCCAUGGGAAGGGAAAGCUUGCAGGGGCGUUGGCAAAAGUACAAAGUAGACAUUGCAUUUUAUGGUCAUGUCCAUAACUAUGAAAGAGUCUGCCCCAUUUAUCAGAACCAAUGCGUGAAUAAGGAAAAAUCUCAUUACUCUGGAACUGUGAAUGGAACAAUUCAUGUGGUUGUUGGUGGAGGGGGAAGUCACUUGUCAGACUUCACCACAGCACCACCUGUGAUUUCAAGCCAUGACCAAAAAGAGAAAACAAUUAUUAUAUUCCCAACCAUUUUUGAGAACUCCAUAGCAAAAUAG